AUGGCAUCCACUGCUGUUUCCCAGCGUACGCUCCUGAAGCGGACGGUCACCUCAACCACGAAUGAUUCGGCCCCCUCCACCGCUGCGGGCUCCCCCAAUGAGACCCCAAGACAAUCACCGUCGAGUACAUCUCUGUCUUCCAUGUCCUCGCUGGACGAUGGCAAGGAGGAGGGUGUUGGCAAACUCAUUGAUACAUACGGAAACGUGUUUGAGCUCCCCGACUACACUGUCAACGACAUCCGAAACGCAAUACCCAAGCAUUGCUAUGAACGAUCUGGAUUGAGAGGCUUGGCCUAUGUCGCUCGUGAUAUUGCUAGUCUUGCUACCACUUUUGUCCUCUUCAACAAAUUCGUCACCCCCGAGUACAUCCCAUCUACACCAGUACGUGCAGCAUUGUGGGCUAUAUACACUGUGGUUCAGGGCUUCUUUGGUACUGGUCUCUGGGUUCUUGCCCACGAAUGUGGUCACCAAGCCUUUUCUCCUUCAAAGAUCCUCAACGACACAACUGGAUGGUUAUGCCAUUCGGCACUUCUUGUCCCAUAUUUCUCAUGGAAAAUCUCCCACGGCAAGCACCACAAGGCUACCGGGAACUUGGAGCGAGACAUGGUUUUCGUCCCCAAGACUCGUGAUCAGUACGCCUCUCGUAUUGGCAAAUUGGCGCACGAAGUUCAUGAAUUGACCGAGGAGACCCCAAUUAUGACCUUGCUCCACACAAUCGGACAGCAGCUCGUCGGCUGGCCAAUGUACCUUGUCUCCAACGCAACCGGACACAAUAACCACGAGCGUCAGCCAGAGGGUCGCGGCAUUGGAAAGUCAAACGGCUAUGGCACUGGAGUCAACCACUUCAACCCAUCCAGUCCUUUGUAUGAAGCCAAGGAUGCGAAGCUUAUUAUUUUGAGUGAUAUCGGUAUCGCUAUUACCGUCACCAUCCUGACCAUGCUCUGCAAGGCUUUUGGAUUCACCAACAUGCUGGUGUGGUAUUUCCUCCCUUACCUUUGGGUGAACCACUGGCUCGUUGCCAUCACAUAUCUCCAGCACACUGACCCAACCCUUCCUCAUUACACUGCUGGAAGCUGGAACUACGUCCGUGGAGCUGCCGCAACUAUUGACCGUGAAUUUGGCUUCAUCGGUCGCACUCUUCUUCAUGGCAUCAUUGAGACCCACGUCCUCCACCACUACGUUAGCACCAUUCCCUUCUACCACGCAGAUGAGGCGAGCGAGGCUAUUAAGCCUAUCAUGGGCCGCCACUAUCGCUCUGAUGUUGAGGGAGGGUCUCUCGGAUUCCUCAGGAGUAUCUGGAAAAGCGCUCGUUGGUGCCAGUGGGUGGAGCCAUCAGAGGGAGCCAUUGGAGAAGGAAAGGGUGUCUACUUUUACCGCAACCGCAACGGUCUCGGCACCGCGCCAUUGAAGCUGAAGGAAAUCAAACCCGUUGUCGGAAACGCUAAAAUGGGCAUGGUCGUUGGAGCAGACGCAUAG